CUGAAGACUUCUUGAGUAACCUCCCCGGCUCGGUCCAGUCCGUCCCUCCGGCCUACCUCGCCAUCGAACGCCGUCAUCGUUUUUUAAUUUCCGUUUGAGGAAAUUCGUUUAAAUCUGUCGAGGUUUUUUUAAAUAUAUUUUUAUUUUGGCUCGGAGGCGAAUGUCCAGGGCUGAUAGAAGAGUACGAGAUUGAUCCAGAAAGGACAAAAGUCGACGGCGACCAGAUGGACGACGCCCUGGUACAGGAGGGCGACAUCCUCCCCGGCUGCGCCAACUUCGAGGAAUUCGUUCAGGCUGCAUACCCAAUCGUCAUGAAUGGUGUACGCCUUUCGAACAACCUGCCCAGCACGCAGCAGUACAGCUAUUUCAAGACUUACAAGGAGUUUGAAGACAUUAUGAAGGCCCAUGGCAAACGCCUUCAGGAUACGAUCCAAAUGCUUUUGGUGCAUAUGGACACAAAGAGGACAAUCCACCAUCAGCCAGCUGACGAGAAGUUCGAGCUGAUUGUCGACACGAACGACAAGCUUCUUGAUAGGGCGCACAAAUCGAUGUCGGAGAUGGAUGGGACGAGGUUCAACCCGGACGAAGACUUCGGCGAGAGUAGCCAUCGCCAGAUAUCCGGCAGUUGGAACAGGAAGAACCUCGAUUCGGUCAAAUUGGCUGAUAAGGCGGACGACGUUGUCAAGCUGACAGUGCAACAACGCACGAUAAGGCCACAGGCGCUGUUCAAAGACAAGAUAGACAACAGUAACCGGCCUUGGGAGCCGAGGAUCAAGGAGAAGCCCAACGCCCUCAAGCCCCUAUCGGUCCUGCUCACGGUGAACGAAAGAGGACAGGAGACGUACACUCACCCGUACGAGUUCGAGCUCGACAUGUGGAAGCCAAGUGAGGAACGCCUCACGCUUGUACAUGUGGUCGAAGAGCCCAAAGACCUCGAAGAGACCCAGCUCAUUUACGUCCAAACGGAAAAAGAGCUCGAGCUCAUGGUCGCCGAUCUACUCCAGCAGAAUGAAUUCAGUGUCGAUCUUGAGCAUCACUCGUACCGGAGUUUCAUGGGUUUUACCUGUUUGAUGCAGAUAUCGACCAAAGAUACAGACUUCAUCAUCGACGCAUUGAAAUUGAGGCAUAAAAUGCACAUUCUUAAUACUGUUUUUACCAAGCCAAACAUAUUAAAAAUUUUUCAUGGUGCAAGUAAUGACAUCGACUGGCUCCAGAGAGAUUUCAGCCUCUAUGUCGUGAACAUGUUCGACACAUACCAGGCGGCGAAGGUUCUCGAUUUCCCAAAGCUCAGCCUCGCGUACCUCCUCAAACACUACUGCAAGAUUGAAGCCAGCAAAAAGUUCCAGCUGUACGACUGGCGGAUACGUCCACUGCCGAACAAAGCGAAGAACUAUGCCCGUGAGGACACACACUACCUCAUCUAUAUAUACCAGAUGAUGAACAACGAGCUGUUCGCCAAGGGCAAUGGGCCUCGUCUCAUAGAUGUUGUUUACAAGAAAAGCAUUGAGACUUGCAAACAGGUCUACAUGAAGCCACUCCUCGACGAGAACAGUCACAUGAACCUUUACAGGCGUAUGGGGCGCCCUUUUGACACAAGGCAGCUUUUCGCCCUGAAAGAGAUCUACAAAUGGAGGGACAAUGUUGCACGCGAGGAAGACGAAAGCCCUGGGUACGUCCUUUCGAACCACAUGAUGAUGCAGAUGGCGCAGACGUUGCCGAGGGAGGUGCAGGGUAUCUUGGCAUGCUGUAACCCGAUACCACCGCUCGUGAGACAGCAUGCGGUUGACAUACACAAGAUCAUACUGAAGGCGAAGGAGGUCCCGCUUGUCAAGGAAGACUCGGAAGUGAGCUGCGAGAGCGAGGGGGAGACGGAGGAAGAGGAGCCGGACACGUCCGACGAAGACUGGGAGGCCGGGGAGGACGAGAGCGAUUCGUCUGGGGCGGAGAGCGCCGCCGAAGACGAGUUCGUCGUCGCCGCCAUCAAAAAGAGGCAGAGGAUCGACAAGUCUAAACCGCCGUACAUCAACAUCGAAGACGCCAUCAACGACUCGAGUUUCUCGCCCGAGAACGACAUCAUCGUACUCGCGACGAGCGCCGGCGACCUCCUCCCGUUCACAUACGGGCUCAACGCGUGCAACGGGCUCGGCCGGAUCGAAGCGCACACCGACGACUGCCGGGUGGUCGAAUUCUCGUCCGACGGAGGUCGUCUCUUCUCAGGCGGAAAGGACAAAACCGUUGUCGUCUCGGAUCUGGAAAGGCGGGACAUGAUUUCUUUCUACCAAGACGCCCACGACGAACCCGUCUCCGCUUUGACCGUCUUAGACGACAAUCUCAUAUGCACCGGGGAUGACGGAGGGAAUUUGAAAAUUUGGGACCUAAGGGAGCGAAAAUCGGUCGCUUCAAAUAAACCGAGAGACAUCAGCGAUUAUAUAUCGAGCGUGGUUUACAAAGAAGGCUCGAAUUUUGUAAGCUGCACGAGCGGCGAAGGCAACCUUACGAUAUACGAUCUCAAGAGAUUGACCAUCUGUUCUCAGAGCGAGCAUCACAAAUCCGACCUGACGUGCUCGGUUUUGAUAAAACGUGAGGACGAGAUCGUGUGCGGCUCGUUGACCGGCGAGAUGAUCAUGUACAAGUGGGCCGGUACGGCUGAACCCCUCGGCAAGUACGACCCCGUACCGAAGACUCCGGUCAACUGCAUGUUGGCCGUGUCGGAGAAUCUUAUAAUCACCGGCUGGGAAGACAAGAAGAUCAGGGCGUUCCACUUGUACCCGAACGAGGAGGUCGGGAUCGUCGGGCAGCACGACAUGCCCGUCGAGGGGUUGGAGAUGUCGAGGGACGGCGAUCUUAUCGCCUCGACGUCGGCGGAAAACAAGCUCAAGUUUUGGAACAUCGGCUAUCUCGAAGACUACGAGGCGAACAAGAGGAAGAAGAAGAAGAAGGGAAGGCAGUCUGUCAACUUGCCGUCCUCCGCCGUCGAGGACCGAGGAUCCUUUUUCUCAGAACUUUUAUAAAUUAACA